AUGAGUAUGAAAGUUGUUGGAAUAUUUAAUCGUGAUGGAGCCAAGAUUAUAGCAGUGAAAUUAAAAGUAAGAGUAACCCAAGGCCUAGUUCGUUUUCACAACUGUAUGAUUUGAUAAGAUUUUUUCGUUAAGUUUUUAGCAACCAUUUGCCAGGGAAAAUGUUUAUCUGUGAUUUUGGAGUUAGCCAGGAACCUGUCUUUAUCCAGCCUUUAUGUAAUUUGUUGUCUCAGAUGCAUAUAUAGUUUGACUAAUGAUUGUUGAAAUUUGCCGGAGAUGCUUUAACACCAUCUCUGAUGUCACUUUAUACAAUUAGUAUGACUUCUAAUGUCGUCCCUAAAACGUGGAAAUCAGCCAAUGUGACGCCUUUAUUCAAAAAAGAAGACGAAACGGAUAAGCAAAACUAUCGACCAAUAUCCUUGUUAUGUGUACCAGGAAAACUUAUGGAAACAAAUGUUUGUUCAACAAUUACAACCCAUAUUACGGAAAAUCAACUUAGUAACUGUAGACAAUGGGCUUACAAAAAGGGUCACUCUACCGAGCUGUUAUUGGCUAAGAUGACGGAAGAUUGGAGAAAGGCGCUCGAUAAAAAUCAAGUAGUUGGUAUUGUGUUCGUUGAUUUCCGAAAGGCCUUCGACUCAAUAUCACACUCGGUAUUACUUCAAAAACUGCAGGGUCUCGGUAUCGCUGGUGAUCUUUGGUCCUGGAUUGCCGACUACUUGUCUGAUCGUUCGCAAAUGACGGUCUUAAAUGGGUGCCAAUCACAGUCCAUGCCAGUUAAAUAUGGUGUUCCCCAAGGAUCGGUACUUGGCCCUAUUCUGUUCUCUCUCUACUGCAACGACCUGCCUGAAAUCUGUGAUGAUGAUGAAGGUGAUAUCUACAUGUAUGCUGACGACACCACCAUAUAUGUAAUUGGCCCAACUCAUGAUUCUGUUGCCUCAACACUCAAUAGAGUUAUAUGUAAGCUACAUGAGUGGUGUUGCAAUAACUUUUUAACACCACACCCGAACAAAACUGAAUUCAUGAUACUUGAGCGAGGUAAAUUCGUGGGGCCAUUGCAAGGUAUUAAAUUAGGAAACACUUACUCAAACAAGUUGAAUCUUCCAGAU